CCCUAUGCAUUGGAAAUCAAGAAGAAUAGGGGUCGCUGCUAUACAGUCUGUGUGUACAUGCGCGUGGAGUUGGCUACCACUACUCUCCCCGUCUUUCGAUCGGUCUCCCAUCGACCGCCAUCGUGCCAUUGUAUGUCGUCCGAUAAAGCUUCUCGGCUCCAUGAAUGUCCACCAAGCCACAAGUGGCGCCCACAUUCCUCGUGAGGUCGAGGCCUUCUGCAAGGACAAGCAGCGCUGUCGGUCCUGUACAUUUCAUCCAUUCAUGAAGACACCAUGUAUGUUUGGUUUCCUGUGUGAUUCCGAUCGAUCAUGAUGGGUCUCUGAUCCAUCAUCAUCAUCAUCAUCAUAGGUUCAGGUGAUAAAUUAAAUAAUA